UGUGUGUUGUCAGCAAGCAGGUAGAUACACUGAGCCAGCGGCCCGCCGAGAUCAUCCAAGUGGAGCCGCGGCCAGCGUUCGUGUUUUUCGGCCCAUGACUUGGGCGACGGGCACCUAGGAACCGGUCGUCCGUUUGUCUCUAGCCGCUUUUCAGCCCCCGUCGAGGCAAACCCCGCGAAUUCGCCGAUAUGUUGCACUUGGUCGCCCUGAUGACGCUGCUGGCGGCAAGUCCUCUGCAGUCGGCCGACGUCUUUACCAACUCGUUUCUUGUCCGACUCAACGGAGACCACGGCGAGCAGGCGGCCAGACAGGUGGCCCAAAGGGCUGGCUUCGAAAGCUGGGGCCCGGUGCUGGGUUCGAACCGCGACUUCCACUUCGUGCAAAGGGCCCUGCCGCACGCAAGGUCCAAGCGCAGCGUGCCUCAUACCAGGAGGUUAAAGGCCGACCCAAUGGUUCAAUACGCAGUCCAACAAUCGGGUUUCAAGAGGGUCAAGCGCGGCUACAAUCCCCUGAAGGUGGAGAACCUGGUUCAGUUGCAGCCCCACGAGGACCCGACAGAUCCUUACUUUCCUUUCCAAUGGUACCUGAAAAACACGGGUCAAAACGGGGGUAAGCCGAAGCUCGACUUGAACGUGGAGGCCGCCUGGGCGCAGGGUGUAACUGGCAAGAACGUGACAACUGCCAUCAUGGACGAUGGAGUUGACUACAUGCACCCCGAUCUUAAAUUCAAUUACAACGCACGAGCCAGCUACGACUUCAGCAGCAACGACCCUUUUCCCUACCCCAGAUACACGGAUGACUGGUUCAAUAGUCACGGAACGAGGUGUGCUGGAGAAGUAGCGGCAGCUAGGGACAACAAGGUUUGCGGGGUUGGUGUCGCUUACGACUCCAAAAUCGCUGGGAUUCGUAUGCUGGACCAGCCGUAUAUGACUGACCUGAUAGAGGCCAACUCAAUGGGCCACGAACCCAACCUGAUCGACAUCUACAGCGCCUCCUGGGGUCCGACCGACGACGGGAAAACAGUAGAUGGCCCCAGAAACGCCACCAUGAGGGCCAUCGUUAGAGGAGUAAAUGAGGGCCGCAACGGGCUGGGCAACAUUUACGUGUGGGCGAGCGGCGACGGCGGCGAAGAUGAUGACUGCAACUGUGAUGGCUACGCAGCCUCGAUGUGGACCGUCUCGAUCAACUCUGCCAUUAACGACGGCCAAAACGCCCACUACGACGAGAGCUGCUCCUCCACGCUGGCCUCAACUUUCAGCAACGGCGCCAAAGACCCCAACACUGGAGUUGCCACAACAGAUCUGUACGGCAAAUGCACGACCACCCACUCGGGCACCUCGGCGGCCGCCCCUGAAGCAGCAGGCGUUUUCGCUCUCGCCCUCGAGGCCAAUCCUCAACUGACGUGGCGCGACAUACAGCACCUGACCGUUCUAACCUCGAAGCGAAACUCCCUAUACGACGCGAAGAGCCGCUUCCACUGGACCAUGAACGGCGUCGGUCUCGAGUUCAACCACCUCUUCGGCUUUGGCGUGCUGGACGCGGGCGCGAUGGUCGCUCUGGCCAAGCAGUGGAAGACCGUGCCGGCCAGGUAUCAUUGCGAGGCAGGCAGCGUGACCAGAACACUUUCCAUCCCGAGCAAAAAGUCAGUGGUGCUCAAAAUCGAGACGAAUGCGUGCGCGGGUACAGACACGCAGGUGAGCUACCUGGAGCACGUUCAAGCCGUCGUUACACUGAAUUCAUCCCGGCGGGGUGAUGUCGAGUUGUUCCUUACGUCACCCAUGGGAACGAAGUCGAUGAUUCUGAGCAAGCGGCCCAACGACGACGACGCGCAUGAUGGCUUCACCAAGUGGCCCUUUAUGACCACGCACACUUGGGGAGAGUAUCCACAGGGUGUCUGGACGAUAGAGGUUCGGUUCAACUCGCAGACGCCGCAGAGUGGUUUCAUCAAGGAGUGGACACUGAUGCUGCACGGCACGAGGGACGCGCCCUACAGCGAUCUACCAGUGUCCGAUCCUCACUCAAAGCUCGCCCUGGUGAAGAAGGCGCACGAGGAGAGGAAGAAGAUUUAAAAGGUUGCAUCUGACCCCACCACACCACCUCUAAAUACAGCAUUCGACUGCAAUUUCCACAAUCGGCUGUCCCUUUAUUAGUUUAUAUUUGAUUCAAUCAUUGAUCUCUAAUAAUAUAUUAAGUAGAGCGAACAUUAAUAUAUUCUCGGUCGAAUACUAUUUUUAGACUCGUAAAAAAAGGAAACACUAUCGUCCGCACGAGCUCCAGCGGGUUUCUGAACGGACUUGUUGGAAAACCAACGACGACUUCACGCGGAUUAUCUUGUAUAGGAAUUGAACACUUUGGAUCGAGCUGACGGUUGAGGAAAUGGAUGGUCACAAACACACGUGUUUAGAAGUAGCUCAACAGUUGCAUUUAAAGAUUUUCCUUUCUCGCUGAGUGGGUGAAUUCCAUCAGCCGAUUCCCGCCACUCGCGACUUUUCAGUCUCAAGUCUUGAAUUUUCUGGCAUCGAUCGCGCAUCACGUGACCCUCUUUUUCGUCAUACUUGUAGCACAAUUUCCUUCCUUCAGUAUAUAGUCGACUAAAUACGAAAUACUAUACACACACAAGUAAUUGUUUAUAAAUAAAAAGCAACUCUCCACUGACGUCUCUUCCAAGUCUCACGAGCGUUGAUUACGUUUAAAUUGAGCUUUGAUUUUAUUGAUUGCGAUCCGCGUGCUAUAAAACUGAGCACACAUCCUUGACCUGUUUUAUCAUGCACAUUCUGAAAGGAGAAAUGAGAAAUUGUGUUCCUCGCUGUACAACACAAUCGUUUAUGUCCGUUGGUUCUUAUCUGUAAAGAAAAAGAUGUUCAGCUUCACUAAAACACAAAACAAAAUCCAUUACGAGCGAACACAGUGAAGGAGCAAAUUUAUUUUCUCACUAUACUUAACUGCCUCCCUCGGCAUGUUGUUCUUGUUCCUUGGAUUGCACAUAUAUAAUUUGCCUUUAUUAUAUAUUAAACAUGCAUAUUGUUUUGGUACAAUGUGAUGUCUAAAAUUAAAUUAAUAUAUAUAUUGCUACCCAUCCUGAGAACUUGUUCAUGUCUUAUUAUAUUCAAACUCGCAUCAAUAUACCGAGACACAUUGAAAGACGGCUGCAAAUAUUGGACCAAGAAGCGGCGCUUGCAAAAGUAAUUCAUUUAUAUACAGUCUCCGUACUUUUCUCGACAGCUCCAAUACUUGCAGCCAGCAGAUAUUUAUACAAAUCCCGAGCGUUCCUUCUUCUGAUAGCAGCAGCAUUGGUUCAAAGGGCACGCACAGAUUAAUUGAAAAGCAGCGGAAAUUACUCAAAAUUGCGGGUCCAAGUUUGAGGAGCGCUCUAAUUUCUUGUUAGCAAAUAUUAUAUAAUCUCCUUUGGCCGCGUCGCUGGCCGGAAAAGUUGAAAUGAUAUAUUCUCACGAAGCAAGUUACCCGCCGCGUAUAUAUUUCUAUUAAUUAUGCCACUACCUUUAUUAUAUAAUAUAUCGUACUUAAAAUCCAGCCAUCUUUCAAUUCUCAGUCGCAAGUACAGAUCAAUGGAAGUCUCUGUGUGCGAAACCAACUAGCAUAGAAGCGCCUCUCUGCUGAUGAUAGACCGAUCGAAACAUGCACUCACGACAACAACAAAAACUGUAAAUCUCGAUUAUUGUAAAUAAUCGCGCGUCUGUAUUCGAGAACCGAAAACGUAAACACACAUUACAUUGCAAUUUAUUGUUUUUCAUGAUAUUGCUAUUCAAAUCUGGUCUCACGACAACAAAAGAACUUCAUUACGAAAAUAACGAAUCAAAAGUGUUGGAACUGGGUGACACUUGAAGAAAUACAUAUGGUUAUGUAACUUUAUUAACAUUUAUUUUUAUCAAUCAGUGAAGAUAUGACACAUUGAAAUAAAGAUGAUUACUUUUAGCA